AUGUCGACCUCACAGCGUCUGUUCCGCUUUUCGAAGCCUGCCUGGCUGAACAGCGCCAACACCAGAACCGCUGGUGUCUAUAUUGCCGGCGCUCUCUUUUCUCUCGGCUUCUUCUUCUUCGUGGAUGCCAGCGUCUUCUCCAAGUCUCCCCUCAACGGUAGCCACGUGCACAUCAACUUUGUCGAUUGGAUCCCUCUGAUCUGUUCGGCGCUGGGUAUGCUCGUCAUCAACUCGAUCGAGAAAUCCCGCCUGUCCGCGGACAGCUGGUCGUAUAGCGGGAACGGGGUGGCCUGGAAAGCGCGCACCGUCUUGUUUCUGGGCUUUGCGCUCAUGGCCGGCGGCCUGGCCGGGAGUGUCACGGUCAUGGUGCUCAAGUACCUUUUCAAGGACUAUGCCUUGCAGACGGUGUACAUGGGAGUGGCCAAUGUGGUGGCCAAUGGGUUGGUCAUGCUGAGCUCGGUGGUUCUUUGGGUCAGUCAGAAUAUGGAGGAUGAUUAUACAUAUACACUGCAGCUGUGA